AUCAAACAAGUAAGAGAAUGUUACUUGAAACAUUGACCAUCCCUGCAACACUCCUUGUACUAUUCAUUUUGAUUCUAUCCUUUGCCUUGUUCCAUCCAAACCAACACCUUAAAGAUGACAGAAAACAUCCACCAGGUCCCAAACCCUUGCCGAUUAUUGGUAACCUUCACAUGCUAGGAAAACUCCCACAUCGAACGCUUCAAGCCCUUGCCAAAAAACAUGGUCCCAUAAUGUCCAUAAAGUUAGGACAGAUCCCAGCCAUUGUCGUUUCCUCCCCUGAAACUGCAGAACUUUUCCUCAAGACCCAUGAUGUUGUGUUUGCUAGCAGGCCCAAAAUUCAAGCUGCAGAAUACCUAUCUUAUGGCGGCAAGGGCAUGGUGUUUACGGAGUAUGGACCCUAUUGGCGGCACGUGAGAAAGUUGUGCACCACGCAGCUUCUAAGUUCAUCAAAGGUUGAGAUGCUUGGUCCUUUGAGGAGGGAGGAGUUAGGAGUGUUUGUGAAAUCGGUUGAAAAGGUAGCAGCUUCAGGUGAUGUUGUGAAUUUGAGUGAGCAGAUUGGGGAGCUUAUGUCAAAUAUUGUCUGUAAAAUGAUACUUGGGUGUAGUAAAGAUGAUAGAUUCGACCUAAAAGGGCUUACUCGUCAGGUUCUGCACUUGGUUGGAGUGUUCAACGUAGCAGAUUAUGUACCUUGGGCAGCCAUCUUUGAUCUCCAGGGGUUGAAAACAAAACUCAAGAAAGCUAGGAAUGCAUUUGACCAAGUGUUUGAGCAAAUAAUCAAAGAUCAUGAAUAUCCAACUGAUAGAGACAAGAAAAGUGUGCAAUAUUCUGAGGAUUUUGUGGACAUGCUUCUAUCACACAUGCACCAAGCCAUGGAUCAGCAGGAACAGGAUCACUUCAUUGACAGAACUAACGUGAAGGCUAUCAUAAUUGAUAUGAUAGCAGGAGCAUUUGAAACAUCAGGUGUGGCACUCGAGUGGGCCAUGUCGGAACUCUUAAGGCACCCAAAGGAUAUGAAGAAACUCCAACAAGAGUUAACCGAUGUAGUUGGAAUGAACAGGUUUGUGGAAGAGUGUGAUUUACCAAAGCUUCAUUUUCUGGACAUGGUGGUGAAAGAGACUCUGAGGCUAUAUCCUCCGGGACCCUUGCUAGUGCCUCGUGAGUCCUCACAAGACAUUUGUAUUGACGGCUAUCACAUAAAGAAGAAGACAAGAAUUUUGAUCAAUGCAUGGGCCAUAGGACGAGAUCCUAAGGUGUGGUCGGAAAAUGCUGAAAUGUUUUAUCCUGAGAGAUUUUCUGACAGUGACAUAGACAUCAGAGGACAUGACUUUCGGCUUUUACCGUUUGGUUCUGGUCGCAGAGGAUGUCCUGGGAUUCAAUUGGGUCUAACCACGUUUGGGUUUGCUUUGGCUCAGUUGGUGCAUUGCUUCGAUUGGAAGCUUCCAAUUGGAAUGUCUUGUGAUGACUUAGAUAUGACUGAAGCAUUUGGCCUUUCAAUACCAAGAAGUAAGCAUUUACUAGCUAUACCAACUUAUCGCCUUUCUAAUGAAGCUUAAUCAAACGUGUAUUUAAGAAACUUUGUUUUAUCAGCAGCAGAAGAGACAGCACUAAAAGUUUGGCAGAAAAUUAAAUGACGAGUUGUUUUAGUGAAA